AUCCUAUUCAGUCCUCCUACUCGGACCAUGGACACCGUCGUCAGCAUCAGUCAUCUUUGUGGUCAGUGUAGCAACACUCUUUUGGCGGACUGCUACCGGCUUGCGAGAUGAUGCAACAUCUUUUAUCACCGUCAGCCCACACCACGACUGGUAUCGACACGAUUGCAUCCGUAGAAAGCCCCUCGCGUCUUCUCGUUGAGCUCGCUUGGAAGGACAACGCCUCCACGUCAACAUGCCCUCCAUUGCGGUUGUAGACGUUCCGAGUGGCUCCGAAGCUCAAACCAAGCUGCAAACAGAUCCGCGCGGUACCUUGUCUGCACCAUUCAAGACCUCAACAGAGCGCAAGGCUAGCGCCGUCAAGCUCGAUUUAAUCGCCUUGAGAAGCAGAGCUAUCAGUUCAGGUGGCUUUGGUGGGCACGCAACGCCUGAUAGCGGAUCAUUUUCUAAUGACAGCCCCACCGAGGGAAAAACAGGCCAAAGCCGCACACGCAAUGGCGGACUCACUCAAUUGGAGGGCAUUGAUUGCGGUCAAGCAAGUCGUAGAGUGGCCUGGCUGAUUCUGUUGGACUUGCAGCACCACAUUCCAUCAUUGGUCGAUAUACCGAAGAAGGCAACGUCCACAAUCAAAGAUGAGACUUCGCUAGAAGAGCAUUUUGCCAACCUGCUGCGCGAAGAAUGGGAGCCGCGCGAACAUCGCCUGCAUCCCACUUCCCACCACAAAAGCGCAGAAUUGGCAUCAGUCGACGAAUCAGAUUGGCAGACUGCUUUACCCCGACACAAGAAGAGGAAAGAGCGAGCUGCUAAGGCUAGUACAGCCGCUUCGAGUGACGCUGGGCUGGAGAGGGACGAUGAGAGGAGCGCCGCUGCAUCGAUAUCAAGCUUUGGUGCAGGGGCAAGCACCACCACAACAGGAAGGGUCAACCAGAAUGAGGUUUUGGACGACACCAAAGAAUCCGCUCGUCCGCGUCAAGAGGAGAUCUUGAAUCCAUCAAAUAAGAAGCGAAGGCCAAGAGGGGUAAAAGGCCUCCGAUGUGCCAAGGAGCAUAAAGAUGAGGCUCAAGUCGCACUCGACGUGAAUAGAAGUUUUGUCGGUGAUGCUUGGAGCUCGAAGGUCCCUUUAGUCGAAAGACCCCAUCGUCGCAAGCAGCUGUCAGAAGUCGUGGCGCACGUGCUGCGGCGACAUCCUGCGUUGUCCUACUACCAAGGCUAUCACGAUGUAAUAUCUGUCCUUAUCGUCACCCUUGCGCCAACAAUUCCGGAGGUCGUAUCCGAAGAGGAGGGUGCGAGCCUGUGGUGCACUGCGGCAGAAGGUCAUUUGGUCAAGGACGCAGCAAUCAGGCUCAGUCUUCACUGGCUAAGAGAUUUCAUGUCUCCUGGCCUAGAGCCUGCUCUAGGUGCAUUGAAGGUACUUCGCAAUCUAUUGCGAGCUGCUGAUGCGGAGCUGGCCAAGGCUGUAGAGGUAGCAUCUCCUUUGCCGUACUUUGCGCUUUCGUGGAUCAUUUCGAUGCUUUGUCACGACCUUGGACCACGCGAAAGCGCUCGGGCACUCGACUACUUUCUCUGCGCUGGGCCGGCAGGCACCAUUUAUUAUACAGCCUCUCUCUUGAUAGCCAACAGAGACGCUUUGCUAGCCCUUGCAGAAGUCGAUGCGGAUCCCGCAGAGCUGCAUCACCACUUGUCUCAGCUGGUCAACUCCAUGCCUGAGUCUAGUCCUGCUACAGACUUCCUCGCCAAGAUCCUCAGCUCGGCCAGCCUCCUACAAAACAAAUACCCCUUGCGCUCGCCACAAGCAGAGACAGACCGUGUUAUGGGACCCAAAUCGGUCCUUUGUUCCUUUGACCAGAUGAAGAGGCAAGCGCAUGCGGAACAGUGGAGGGCAAGAGAUAAAGAGGCAGAACGCAUCCUGAGCGGACCUCUAGAUGGGAUCGUCCUUGACUAUUCGCCUAGCUCGCCAGAAGCCGACGUCGAUAUGGAGAAGGACAAUGUGGAUCGAAUCGACGCCAAGUUGGACAAGAGACGGCCACCCAACGGAGGCCACGCUGCUCUACUUGUCGCUGGCGCGCUGGGAGCUGCUACCGCCGUCAUUCUUUACGGAGCUUCGAGCGGGCAAUUGCCUCCCCAGACCAUGUCUCUGCUCAGAUCGCUGGCUGGGCGGGGACGGGUCUGGGCGUAGGAUGCCCAAAGAAUCACGUGUGUGUAUGCGCUGCAAUCAUUAUCAAAUGGCUGACAAACGGAAAUUGUGCGACUCCGGCAAAUUUAUCGAGCGCACAGAAUCGUGGUUGCGGCAAAGUAGACAAAGGUAUUGAGCUUGCAGGGAAACUGCUCUUUAUUUGCGUCAAGCUGAUAUGAGUGGAUACCUGACGGACCGCAGC